AUGUCACUUCUUCUCCGGCUACGAAUCGUGAAACCAUCACUUAAUUUGUUCACCGAUCGAUCGUUCUCCACCGUGAAGAUUCCUCAAAGCCGUCGGAGUACGACCAAAUUCGACAAACUCAUCUACGACGCUGGUAACUCCGGCGACUUCGAGACCGUACGCUGUCUCCUAAACAGCCGCGUAGCAUACGGAUCCUUUAACACAAGCGACACCUUCAAAUUCCUCACCAACACCGCCUCAUACACCUCAGAUCUCGAAGAUCUCCGCCGCGUUUUACCUCAGAUCGACAGAGGUUUCACUCGGAAAAACGCUUACGACAUCCUCAUCGCUCGUCUCUGCAAACUCAACCGAAUCGAAGACGCUUUAAUAGUGAUCGGAGACAUGUCCGGCUUAACGCCGUCGACAUUUCACCCGAUCUUAUGCUCUCUCACGAAGAAGAACAAAAUCGAAGAGGCGUGGCGAGUUGUUGAAUCGAUGAGAUCCAAAUCGGUUCCGGUAGACGUAACGUCGUACAACUACUUCUUAACUUCGCACUGUUACGACGGCGAAUUGGAAGAAGCGAGCGAGGUGAUUCGGAAGAUUGAAGAAGAAGAAGGGAUCUCACCGGACGCGUGUAGCUACGACGCGCUUGUGCUCGGCGCGUGUAGAUCUGGGAAAGUGGAGGCGGCGAUUGGGAUACUGAGGAGGAUGGAAGAAGAUGGUGUGAGAGUAUUGUACUCGACGUAUGCGCAUGUUAUAACGGAGAUGGUGAAGGAAGGCUAUUAUGCGCUUGGUUUGGAGUUUGUGCUAACGUACGCAGGAAGAGAUUUGAAGAAACUAUGA